ACAUGCAGUAAUCCUAUCUGACAGAGACUUGGUUGGUGGUUUCAUCAUCCACCGCACUCUGAAUAAAUGAGGGCAGUUGAAUCCCAUUUAUUACCCUUUCUUCUAAUUCCUCUUAUACCCUUUCCUUCCAUGUCACCCUUAAAUCCCAUUUCACAACCCUUCAUUUCACUCUCUAAUGGCUUCUUCUUCUUCUUCUUCUUCUUCUUCUUCUUCUUCUUCCAAAUCCCCCCCUCCUCUCCCUUCUCGCCACUCCCCUCAAUUCACCCCCAUUCAAGAGGAGCGUGAAUUGGACGAGUUAAGCCACACCCCAUCUCAACACCACCCUCCAACACCCAUCGUCAAACCCAACAACAACAACAAACACAAGAAAAAGAGGUCGGAAUCCGAGGAAGAUGCCUCCGUGUCUUGCAACAAGUGCAGGCCACACUCCCGCGACAAGAUCUUCAUCCUCCCCUUCGACCACGCCAACGCCAACACCAACACCAAACACUCUUCCUCUUCCUUACUCGCCAGCCCCAACGGCAUCUUCAGGUCCAUCGUCUCCAAGCUCACCCGCAAGAGUCCCAUGUCCUCAUCAUCACACUCUCAACAAGACCCUCGUGAAGAACACUGGAAGAUCGCACUCGCCGAACUCUCCCACAAGCUCGUCCACGCCACCAGGAAGCGCGACGAAGCCCUUCUCGAAGCUUCCAGACUCAUGCACUCCAUGGGAGAGUUGGAGAAGAAACUCAACAAACUGGAACUCUAUUGCCACACCUUGAAAACCGGCCUCGAACAAUGCACCAACGCCACUUCUCCCACAACACCCUUGAAACCUCGGACAACGCAAACCCUUGCCCUCCACCAAGACAAAGUCGUGCAACACUUCUUGGUGGCAGUCUCGGAAGCGAGGUCGUGUGUGAAGCUUCUCUCACGUUCUUUAACCAUGCAACUGAGGCACAUGGGGAGCAAGGUCAGCGACAAACUCUCCCUCCUCCUCCAACCCUACGACGUCAAAGUCUCCUUCACCAAGAGCCCCAGAACAAUGCUCUUGUACCUCGAGGCGCUUCUCAACAGAACCUUCUUCGAAGACUUUGAAACGAUAGGGUUCAGCAAGAACGCGUGCAACGCGGUCCUUAACCCCGUGGAGCGGUGUGAGGCGAGUUAUGAGUGUUUCAACGUGCUUCACGCGUUGACGUGGGAGGAGGUGUUGAGUAAAGGGACGAGGCACUUCAGCGAGGACUUCAGUAGGUUCUGCGACAGGAAGAUGAGCGAGAUUGUGGCCAUGUUGGGCUGGAACCGGGCCUGGCCCGAGGCCCUCUUGCAGGCCUUCUUUGGGGCCUCGAAGAGCGUGUGGAUGGUGCAUUUGUUGGCUAACUCGGUCCACCCGGGCCUCCCCAUUUUUCGAGUGGACAAAGGGAUCAACUUUGAUUCUGUUUACAUGGAGGACAUGGGUGGGGACAAGGCCUCUAACUCCAACUUGGUCCCUAGUGUGGUUAGGAUAAUGGUUGCCCCUGGCUUCUAUGUCUUUGGCAGUGCUGUCAAAUGUAAGGUCCUUUGCAGGUACUUCAGUAACCUCCACCACACUAUUAGUAACAAGGAAGACAAAGCUUUAACCCCUACCCCUUAACCCCAUACAACAUCGGCAUAUCAGGUAUUAUUCGCCUUCAUCAUUUUAUCUUUACCAAACUACUUUCAUAGAGGAUAAAAUCUUUAAACGAUCAUUAACCUCACAUUCAAAUUUAAGCCGAUGUAAAUAGCCUUAAUUGCAAAUUUGGAUACUUCUUUCUUAUGUUUGCCUAUAUUGUGGAUGCUGUAUAUUAAUGAUUACUAUUAUAUUGCGAGUUAAGUUAGAGUUAGAGCCUUAGAGGUUUUGAGGAGGAUGUUGUUAUGUUAGGCAAUGUUGCAUGCUUCAGAUUUUUGGGUCAAAGUGAAGGAUUUGGCAUUUUCUGGUUU